GUCCCACUCCCGUCACCAUAGCUACCCGGUAUCGUGAGCGAGGUUAACAAUUUUGAGGAGGUAAAGCCGGAUAAAUAGAUUAGAAACAAGGCAGUGUCAUUGUCGUCAUGGAGAGAGUCAACUGGUAGAACAUCUAAAGAAGGAUCUACAGUCACAAGAUUUUAUUAUAAAACAGUAAAAUGGAUGAACUAUUGGACAUGCAGGAGAAGCGUACAUUCUGUGAUUACGAGGACUGCAUUUGGGUGGAGAACCUCGGAGUGUCCUUUCAAGCCAUGCGAGGUGCCUUAGAACUGACCGAUAUGAAACUCUGUGCAGGAGACACCGAGUUCCCCUGCCAUCGGAUCUUGCUCGCUGCAAGCAGUCCAUUUUUCCGAGCCCUACUCACCGGACCAAUGAGAGAAGAAUCCCGGACCACCUUUGAUAUGAAAGAUACCUGUUCUUCUACACUGAAUCUUCUUCUAGAUUUCAUGUACACUGGUAAGUUACGGAUCACGGAGGAGAAUGUCCAGGAUGUACUUGUUUCUGCAAAUUAUUUAUUAUUAGGACGUCUGGUGGACGCAUGCUCUGACUUCCUACGAAGGCAGUUGGAUUUUCAAAACUGUUUUGAGAUGUACUCCUUUGCGGAUGCCCACGGGUGUGGAGAGCUUCUCCGAGCCACGCAGAGGUACAUUCUUAAAAAUUUUCCAGAGGCCUCAUCCUCGACAUCCUUCCUUGAGGCCGGCUUUGAGCAGCUGCGUUCACUGCUGGGUCAAGAUAAUCUGAACAUUUCAAGCGAGAUGGAUCUCUUUAGGAGUAUCAGGGACUGGGUGUCGCAUGAUGUUAAAUCUAGGAGAUGCCAUCUUGUGGAAUUGUUAAGGCUCGUUAGGCUUCCGUACCUACCAACAGACAACCUUGAUUUGAUAUUGAGUGAUGAACUUAUUGGAGAAAGUCCAGGCUGCAAGACUGUUUUACAGAAUGCCUUUCUAUGUAAGGAAGAUUGUAUCCCCUAUCCUGUUGAAUGGAGAAGUCCAAGGAGCUCAACCAAUCAGACGGAAGCAUUGGUCAUUCUUGGGGGAGUACAUUCUAGUCAGCUUGGUAACAGUAGUAGAAGCCUUCAGCAUUACUGGUGUGACCCCGGGACGCGGCCUCUAUCAUGGGGGAAGCAGUCUAUAAUGCCGUACCUGCUGGGGACUACAGUCAUGUACGACGUGGCAAAGUUCAGGAAUUCUAUCUACCUGACUGGAGGAUUCGAUGGGGAGCAGGGUUGUCUCGGCCACGUCUGGCGCUACCAGAUCGAUGACGAUCAGUCGGAAACAUGGAUUAGGGCGCCAUCACUUGUCACAGCCAGGUAUCAGCAUGGUUCCGGCGUAGUCGAUGGUCAUCUCUUUGUCGCCGGGGGUUACAACGGUCAGGAGAACCUGAACAGCGUGGAAUGUUACAGUCCAAACAAGGAGAGAUGGCAAACUUGUCCACCAAUGCCGGAGGCUGUCACAUUUCCGGCUGUCGUUGGCUAUCAUAAAAGACUGUUUGUUAUUGGGGGAAUGAUGAGUGAUUCCCAGGCUUUUCCAUGGAUGCAAUGCUUCGACAUGGCUACACAGUCCUGGAGUAUUAUCAAGACGCUGGAGCUGAAAAGAAAAGGUAGCAAAAGUGUCCUGCUUAACGAUGCCCUGUACAUCAUCGGAGGACCAACCCGUGACGUCCAUGUUUACGAUCCAGAGAGCGAUGUCGCUUUUGAUGUUGCCCCUACGCUGGACAUCCAUGUGUGUGCUGGAGUAACGGUCAAUAAUGGCAAGAUCUACGUUGCUGGUGGGGACAACCUGAAGGAUCGCCGGAACUGGGAUAGCAUCGAGUGCUACGAUCCUGCAUCGAAUACCUGGUCCAUUGUCGGUAAGAUGGCCGUUCCGCUCUACUGGCACGGCAUGGUGUCUAUCGUGAGACCGGAUAUCCCUCGUCUUGAACCCUGGGACGCUGCCAAUCUCCAUCAAGUUGGUCCGUCAAUGAUGUUUAGAGGUUUCGAAGAAGGGCCUACUAAUUAUGAUCCAAGGUGAUAUCGGGAUCAUGCCCUGUUGGUGGGGCAUUGAAGAGAUAGAGGUAACUAGACCUGGUACUGAAGACUGAAUCAGACUGAACUUUGUGGAAAAUAGUAAUGGCUUCCAGAACUUGCCUGCUGGUACCAUGACAGAUACUUUGUAUUCGUAUCCUUCUACUUUUCUCGCUUCUCCACUUCCACCCAAUCACCCUGAUGGAAAUCAAAUUCAGUGCUGAUUGCCUUUCUUUCUGGUGUAAUACUGUUAGAACAUGAAGGUGCUUCUCUAUCCUGGCCUGAUGACUAAACAGAGCUUGAUGUUGCUUUUAUCAUCCUGCACCAAGGACUUGGUCACAUUUCUUUUGCAUCUUCACCAUCCUGAAGUUCCAGUUUCUUGACAAUACCAUCCAAUAGGAGCCAUUGAUCGUUGGUCAGCUUGAGUGUCCUGGCAGUCGUGGCAUUUGCAUAUCUCAUGUUGCGCUCAGGACCUGUGACACGGCCACCUCUGCUCCUUUACCACACCAACCAUGCAAGCAACAUGUGAUGGAGUGGUGAACUGAGGUACAUGUAAUAACUUAAAGUAUCAAUAUACUGGAAAGAAGGUCAACAUGAGUUACAAGAACGGUGAAAUACAAACAAAGGUAUACAUUAUGUCAAAUUAUGUGAAUUAUAUAGACCGUUUGUUGAAAUGAAGACCUAGUUUUGCCCUUUUCUCAGCUAUCUUAUAUCCAUUUUUCUGUUUCAUUUUAACAAGAGAGAUGAAAGAUUGGAAAUCAAGGUCAACAUUUUGAAAUUUGCAUCGAAUAAUAUGAAACUUCAAACAUACACAGAUUUACAGAGAAGGUUUUUGUCAAAUAUCCAUUAAUACAUGUAAUAAGCAUAACUAGUUCUCAGGGGAAUUUUUUUUUUCGGGGGCUCCAUUUUCAAAUUUUUGUAAAAUUUCGGGGGCUACUUUUAGCAUUUCGGGGGCUAUUUUUAUCAAUUUUGGGGGCUCCUCUUAAAGUCCACUUAUUUACUUACCAUAUGCAAAUGCAUGCCCCUCACUCUUGCUGUGUUGGACGGCGGAAAACUUCUUUGUGUUCUUUGUCCCGCAAAUGAAGGGGUUAUUGGACACGGAUCCUCUAUUGUUCUUACUAGUUUUGGGGUGGUGAGAUCGACACGCCCGGCAGUGGAUCUGGAGAGCCACGUCGCUGCCACGGGAGCAUUCCAGCCAGUCAAAUUCCCAUGCUUGCAUGGCAGCUUCGCAUGACACAGGCUUUUUCUUUCUUUUUCUGUUAGUGUCAGUGCUAGUAGUGGCCGUGGUGUCAUUUGUCUUUUUCUCGUCUGGCUUGUUCAAACCGGUUAAAGUGUUGGGAGCGUUGGCACCCCUGGCUCGAAUAAGAAACCGUUCCAUUGCUACUGUAGGCUGUAGCAUAGACGUACUCACAUGCAUGUGCUAUAUCGCGCUAUCGCUAGCUAGCGCUGCAUAUUAUGCCAUGCCGUUAACGUUAUCGUUGUUGUGCGAUGCGAACCACGACAAUUCGCCCAUAAGACAUAUCACCUUGGGACAGGUCGCCCGCACGUAUCUUCGGCAAGUUAUCUUACCGGUUAGACGAGUUCAACUUGUCUCGCUAAAGAAACAAUAAUCGCAGAUCAUCCUUACAUGUCCUGAAGAAAAUUUUCAGUAUCACGUGAGGUCGUUAGGCAAGACACUAUACCUACCCCCUGAGAACCUUGACCUUGACUCCUGGCGAUGCUCAAAUUCGAUAAACCAUUGUGGGGCUGCAGUGGGCGAGCUUCCACCCGCCAUGCUUGAACUAGUGGAAGCUAGAUGGGAGCUUCGAGAGUCAGUGCUUUCAAAAGCGACUUUUUUCUUCACUGGGGAGUUUUCUUGAAAAGGGGGGUCACAAUGUUUCGCAGAGCCAUUCAUCGCUUACUAAAGGUAUAGGAAAUUAACUCAAAUGCUGAAUUUAAACUGGUGAAAAUUAACAAAUUAUGCGAGUUUACCCACGACACGUCCGUUCGCGAGAGAUCCAUAAAGCCGAGUUCCGACUGCCCAAACCUUUGUUUGCUUUCCCGAUUUUCUUUAUAGUCCUUAGGUAUUCCAACAUAAGUUUGAUGUUUGCAAUGCAACUGAUGAACUGAUGAUGGGUAGGAUCGGAAGUGUGUUGUACUUCUAUAUGCUAUACAUACCCCAGCCGGCAAGCAUACCCACUCCGUCUCCGUCGACUGGCUUUGAUUGUGCAACUGCAGGACUUGAUAAUUAUUGUAUUUCGUCAACGAAACAACAAUAAUUAUUAUUUAUAUUUACCUUAUCACGGUCUGUCCUCUUCUUUUGUCACUAACAUUAGAUUUUCUUCGUUUGGGGAGUUUCCUAUGAACGAAGAUUGUAGGGAUCGCAUCAGGUUUCAGCAUUUUUUUUCGGGGAGUGUACCCUAUGAUAUUCCCACGGACAUUUUCUUUUGUCACUAACGUUAGAUUUUCUUUGUUUGGGGAGUUUCCUAUGAACGAAGAUUGUAGGGAUCACAUCAGGUUUCAGCAAAAUUUUUCGGGGAUCAUUCCCUAUGAUCUUCGCACGGACAUCUUCUUGGAAACAAUCCUGUUCAAAGUGGUCCUCACAAACGAAUCUACUCGUGUGAUGUUUGUAUGUUUUGAUGUCAGAUUUGUCGGUGCCAAUAUUGUGGAGCCACUGGGCACAUCUCUCCCGAUCUCGGAUCGGAUUUGGGAUAGAAAAUGCACUUUUAUUGUUAUUUUCUUCCGGCCGAACCAAGCAGCGGUAUGCCUGACACAAUUAGGCAUAUUGUAGCUGUGUGACGCGCUGGAUUGUUGCGAAACCAAAGUGGAGAUGGUACGUCACCGAAGUCGCUACAUAUGCGCGAAAUUGAAUUCAUUUUGCCCCAAAUAACCGUUACAAGAAAUGCUCUUAAAAAUCUCCAAAGUCAAGUACGAAGAUGAUACUUUUGAAAUGACCCCUGCCAUUAUUUGCUACAGGCUAAAUGUUUUUUAGAGCUGGCCUGUACCAUCCCUUUAAUACUCAUUCACAAUGUGACGAAGGAUUGAUGCCAGACAACCAGUAAGUUUUGUUUGCUUCUCCCCCACAUGUUUUUGCAGAGUAUCAAAGUGUUACUGAUAUGUUGUCCAUGGCAACAAUUCAUGCCGACUCUGAUAUUCCACAAUUCAUGCCCACUCUUGUGUUGGCCUGCAGCACUGAUCUUUUUAACCAAGUUCUUGCUGCCGUAACACACAUCCCACUGGUGUUUAAUGUCCUCAUAUUCAGAAGUACGCUUCAUCAUUGAUUCGAUCUGGGGGUGUGCAUCUGUAACUAUUGUUUGAACCUCCACCUUCGUAUUCAGGAAGUCCUAUCCCCUCUCAAAAAGCAAUUCGUUCCAUAUUCAUAGACUUUCCACUGUCUUCCUGCGCCAGCGCCAGGGCAUAAUGGACUGCUGGUGAGGGGAAGAAGAGAAGAGGAAAGGGGGGAAAGAGAGGGGGAAGAAGGGGAAAGGAAAAAAAUUUAAAAAAAAGAUGAAAUUUAACCCCUAUUUUACUCACAGAAAAUAUUUGUUUUAUUCACCUGUUUCGUGCAAAAUGACAUCUCCAUCAGACAUUAUCUAGCUACAGUUAUGGCUAAAAUUUGCAAACUUUGCUGGAGUUCUACGAUCUCCCCGAAACAUGCUGCCUCACUCACUCUUCUGGUGGAAAAUCGUAGCACAUCCCAUGAAAAUACCAUCGUCAAAAGCAUACUCACAUUCACUACACUGUAAAAAAUAUUGCGUAAAAUUUUAACCAGCACGAGGGUAACUAUGUAUCCAACCAAUUUUGGGCAGUAUUUUACCCAAUGCGGGAAGCAUAUUGUCCAGUAAGUUUUAAAAAUAAGCAGCAAUUACUUUAGAAUGGGCAACAUUUUCAUCACACUGGAUAAAUAAAAAUGCCCAAAAGAAAUGCCCAAUGUUGGUUGGACACAUAAUUACCCUCAUGGAGCAUUUUUACCCAAUAUUUAUUUAGAGUGUACAAAUAUACAGACACAAUCACACACAGGAAGCUCAACCGCACUUUCAGAAAUUUCACUUAUCUUGAAACCAUAACUAGUUUGGAAAACGUUAAGGUGCCACCAGUGUCAUAGUUACGCUUAAUUAUUCCGCAAAGAUCUACAUGUAGUGGGGCCAUGUAUUUACAAAUUGUUUCUGAAGGCACUGCUAAUCAACAUGCUACAAAGUUCACCUAGAAUAGUAUACUAGAUGUGGAUAGUAAAUGAAUAAAUUAAAAAUAGAGCAAAGCAGAAUACAUGGCAUUAAAUUGUAAAUGGGAACACAUGUUCCAACUUUUUUUCAUUUUUACCUCAAUAAAUAUGUUAUAUAUAGAAAAACAAGGCAAGGUAUUAAAAAACAAUACUGAACACACACACAC